CCCUUUUUAACCACAAACCGAAUUUUCUUUCAUUUAGGUGAUCUAUAUAUAUCUAUAUCGUAUAGCUUAUAGCUUAUAUCUAUUUUAAAUAACUUAAAGCCGCUAAAAUUUGGGGGGGAACAGCUUUCGCCCUGGAGCGGUGCGCGAUGCUGUCUCACGCCGACCUCCUGGACGCCAGGCUAGGUAUGAAAGAUGCUGCCGAGCUUCUGGGCCACCGGGAGGCGGUGAAGUGUAGGCUGGGCGUGGGGGGCUCCGAUCCUGGGGGCCAUCCAGGGGACCUAGCGCCCAACUCCGACCCAGUCGAGGGAGCCACUCUGCUGCCCGGGGAGGACAUCACUACAGUGGGCUCUACGCCGGCCUCGCUGGCGGUGAGCGCAAAGGACCCGGACAAACAGCCGGGGCCCCAAGGAGGCCCGAACCCCAGCCAAGCCGGCCAGCAGCAGGGCCAACAGAAGCAGAAGCGCCACCGGACGCGCUUCACCCCGGCGCAGCUCAACGAGUUGGAGAGGAGCUUCGCGAAGACUCACUACCCCGACAUCUUUAUGCGCGAGGAGCUGGCGCUGCGUAUCGGGCUGACGGAAUCCCGAGUGCAGGUCUGGUUCCAGAACCGGCGCGCUAAGUGGAAGAAACGCAAGAAGACCACCAACGUGUUCCGCGCGCCGGGAACUCUGCUGCCCACACCAGGCCUGCCUCAGUUUCCGUCAGCCGCCGCCGCCGCCGCCGCCGCCAUGGGCGACAGCCUGUGCUCUUUCCACGCCAACGACACCCGCUGGGCGGCGGCCGCCAUGCCGGGCGUAUCACAGUUGCCGCUGCCGCCGGCUCUGGGCAGGCAGCAAGCUAUGGCGCAGUCGCUGUCCCAGUGCAGCCUGGCGGCCGGGCCGCCGCCCAACUCCAUGGGCCUGUCCAACAGCCUGGCGGGCUCCAACGGCGCGGGGCUGCAGUCGCACCUCUACCAGCCCGCCUUCCCCGGCAUGGUGCCCGCCUCCCUCCCCGGCCCCAGCAACGUCUCCGGCUCGCCCCAGCUCUGCAGCUCCCCGGACAGCAGCGACGUGUGGCGGGGCACGAGCAUCGCCUCCCUCCGCCGCAAGGCGCUAGAGCACACAGUCUCCAUGAGCUUCACUUAAUGCAGCCGCGCCCCAGCCCGCUCCGCCCCCGGCGCCGCCCCCAGGGCCGCCCCGAGGUCCUUCCGGCGCGCGCCCGGGCCCCCGCUCCCUGCCCGGGUCCCUGCCCCGGCGCCCUGCCCCGUCCCCACCCGGCCUCCGCCACUUCCACUUCUCGUUUUCUUUUCUCCUCUCUCGUUCGUUCUCUGGGGCUCUCCCCAAGCCCCAGCCCGCGAGGCCUCCCCUCCACCUGAUUUCGCCCGCCCCGGUCCCCACUCUCCUCUCAGCUCCUCUUCCCGUCUCCCCCAACUCUUCCCUGGCCCCCUUCUCCAGCACUUCACCCCACCCUUUCCGGCUACCCCCCGCCACCCGGCUCGCAAGUAGCGUGCUCGCGCCCUCCUCCCAGCCUUCCGACUGGCGGCAUUCUCACCUACACCUUCAACACGACGCCUACGACCCCCUCACCCGCCGCCUCCCCUCCAGUCCCUUCUUUACCCCGCACCUCACGCCCCUCCUCCUGCGCCCUGCAAAAAGCAUCCUUCCCGCCAUUUUACUUACCAGGGAGUCGACUCAGGAUCUGAAAUCAGACACCAAUGGACUGGUUUGUGGGCAGAAACACACACACCCGCACUCUCGCUCACUUUCAGACACUACACAUACACGUACACACACGCAUACACAGUGCACCUAGGUCACACACGGACGUGUUCAAGGGACAGCACAAUGUUAGGGAUUUUCGUCUUAAAGGAGGACAAGCAUCUGCUACAACCGCCUCAUCUGAGGGCCCAACUGAUAUAAUUUGAUUUAUCCCUGUAUUCUUUCUCCGAACUCCUCUUUUUCUUUCCUCUCCCACCACCCUGCUCUUGCCCCGUCCGCCCGGUCACAUCCAUGCAGCCCUCUAUUGGCUUGCAAAAGAACACUUUUAUUUUCUCUUACUUUUAUUUUCUUUAGCACAACUGUGUGAGGUUAUAGAAGGGAAGGCUUCUCAGGAGGAAUAUGCCAGUGAGUUGGGUGGCUGGAGUAGACUAAAUCAGUCAGGUGAUGAAGAAGAGGUGAUCUUACCCAUUUUGAUAAGUCUUUAUAAGGAAGAAUAAAAUAAAUGUAAGAAAAUUUUCCUUUUGUAAAAGUAAAAGCCACAUCUCUUUUCUGGAUCCUUCAGGACUGGGGUUUGUUUGCUUCCUUUUCCGUUUCUCUCCUCGCUGCUCUGUGCCCUAGGUUGUUUUGUGGUCGUCCUGUCGUCCCUCGUGCCCCUCGGCCACCGCUCUGGCCCUUGCCGGCUGCCGAUGGGUGCACCCGGACAUCUACAACCCUGCAACUUUGUACAGAGAAACACAAUCAGCUCUUUCUGCAUGUGCUGGUCAAAUCCAAACCCAGAGAACAGAAGCGCUUUCGAAGAAUGAACAAACAUGUGAAAUAGGAUGUUUUGUGUAGAUAAAGCAUUCUUGUUACAUACUGGUCAAUUUGUGAUAUGUUUUAACUUAUUGUCUGUGCUUAUUUAUGGAAUUUGGUUUUCUUAAUAAAUGUUUGAGCUAAUAUAAAGCAUAUUAUUUGACUUUUCCGGACAAGUUUAUAUCAAGUUAAAUGUAAAUGGAUAAAAUAAAAUCAUUUUCAGUAUGUGA